GAGUCCUCACUCUGGUUGCCUCCAUCCAUUUCUGCAAUGUGAGCACCAAAAGUUCUCUAGAGUGCUCUCAACUGGACAAGGACAUGAAGAUGUAACGAGCUCAAGUGACCUACUCUUUAAUGCAACUGGUGAGAAGUGUUAAGAAAAGAUUAUUUAAAGCACCUGGAAGCAAAGAACAAAUGGACAUGGAUUUAAGUAAAGAUAUGAGAAAUGGGUAAGAAGUGGUUUUCAAGAUGGUGAAGUGGCAGCAAAAUUCAUCCUGAGAUCCAGAAUCCAAACAUUAGAAAAUAACAAAUUUUGGAAGAAAAAAAGAGAAGUAAAUCACCAGGAACUGUGAAAGAACUGACAGGAAAAAGCUGCAGAGCAGUUUGAAAGACAGAUCACAAGGCAGGAAAGAAAACACAACACCAUGGAUUGUCUCCCUGGUUUCUGGCUCACUGCUUGUGGGGAAGGAAUCCUGCUCUGCAGAAGUAAGGCUCUCCAGGAAGACCAGCAGAAGCCUGUGAGACCAGAGCAGUGGGCCCUGCUGGGGACCUUAUCCCCUCUGAGGAUGGCCCGGGUAUGGCUCAUUUCCUUGGCCAGCUGCCUCCUUGUUGUAAAUCAGGCUUUCAUCAUCAAACGCUGUGACUUGGCCAAGAUCCUGCAUGAGGAGCAGUUGGAUGGAUUUGAGGGCUACUCCCUGAGUGACUGGUUGUGCCUGGCUUUUGUGGAAAGCAACUUCAACAUAUCCAAGGUAAAUGAAAAUGCAGAUGGCAGCUUUGACUACGGAAUCUUCCAGAUCAACAGCCACUAUUGGUGCAACGAUUACCAGAGUCACUCGGAAAACUAUUGCCACAUGGACUGUCAAGAUGUGCUGAGGCCCAACCUUCUCGCCUCCAUCAGCUGCGCUAAGAUGAUUAUGUCUGGAUCAGGGGGGAUGAAGAACUGGGUGAGAUGGAGGAUGCACUGUGCAGACCGGCCACUCUCCUACUGGAUGACAGGCUGCCGUCUGGGAUGAAGCAGGUUACAGGGCCACUGGGACUCAUCCAGAACCCGUGUCCUCAUUUGGGGAUUCUUUUCUUCCUCUUGCUUCUUCCACUUGGCGUUACUUUCUUUCCCUUCUCAUUCACAAGUAGAACUGACUAGAGUCCCAGGGACAGAUGCCUUUCUUAGGCUUUCUCCUUGUACCCAUACAGGCCCUAUGCUCUUGUUCCUGUCAUUUACAACCAAGAGGAUCACAAUAAAUAUCUAUUAUUUUUAUUUAUUAAAGCACUCCUUGGGCAAA